CCCUCCCUCCGCCCUGUGGUGCCGGCUGCGCUUGUUGUUCAGCGGCGGCGGCCGAGCUCGGGUGCAGCCUCGGGCCCGCCGCCGCCGCCGCCGGAGCUCUCGGCCAUGGAGCUGGAGGUGCCGGAAGAGGCGGAGAGCGCCGAAGCGGGGGCCGUGACCGCGGAGGCCGCCUGGUCUUUGGAGAGCGGGGCGGCGGCAGGUUUGACUCAGAAGAAAACAGCCCCAGCUGAGGUCCCCUUGAUGACAGGGCAGCCAGGCCCCGGGCAUGGGAAGAGGCUGGGUCAUCGAGGUGUGGAUGCGUCCGGGGAGACCACGUACAAGAAGACCACCUCGUCUACCCUGAAGGGUGCCAUCCAGCUGGGCAUUGGUUACACCGUGGGCAACCUGAGCUCAAAGCCAGAGCGAGACGUGCUCAUGCAGGACUUUUACGUGGUGGAGAGCAUCUUCUUCCCCAGCGAAGGAAGCAACCUGACCCCCGCACACCACUUCCAGGACUUCCGAUUCAAGACCUAUGCACCUGUUGCGUUCCGAUACUUCCGGGAGCUCUUUGGUAUCCGGCCCGAUGAUUACUUGUACUCACUGUGUAAUGAGCCGCUGAUCGAACUGUCCAACCCGGGCGCCAGUGGCUCCCUCUUCUACGUCACCAGCGAUGAUGAAUUCAUCAUCAAAACGGUGAUGCACAAGGAGGCAGAGUUCCUGCAGAAGCUACUGCCUGGUUACUACAUGAACCUCAACCAGAACCCACGUACGCUGCUACCCAAGUUCUAUGGGCUGUACUGUGUGCAGUCGGGUGGGAAGAACAUCCGUGUGGUCGUCAUGAACAAUGUGCUGCCCCGCGUGGUCAAGAUGCACCUCAAGUUUGACCUCAAGGGCUCUACAUAUAAGCGCAGGGCCAGCAGGAAGGAAAAGGAGAAGAGCCUGCCUACGUACAAGGACCUGGACUUCAUGCAGGACAUGCCCGAAGGGCUGCUGCUGGAUGCCGACACCUUCAGCGCCCUGGUCAAGACGCUGCAGCGCGACUGCCUGGUGUUGGAGAGCUUUAAGAUCAUGGACUACAGCCUGCUGCUGGGUGUGCACAACAUUGACCAGCAGGAGCGGGAGCGCCAGGCCGAGGGCGCGCACAGCACAUCAGAUGAGAGGCGGCCAGUGGCACAGAAGGCUCUCUAUUCCACAGCCAUGGAGUCCAUCCAGGGUGGCGCUGCCCGAGGGGAGGCCAUCGAUACAGAUGACACGAUGGGCGGGAUCCCUGCUGUGAAUGGCCGAGGGGAGCGGCUGCUGCUGCACAUCGGCAUCAUUGACAUCCUGCAGUCCUACAGAUUCAUCAAGAAGCUGGAGCACACUUGGAAAGCCCUUGUCCACGACGGGGACACCGUCUCUGUCCACCGCCCCAGCUUCUAUGCCGAGCGCUUCUUCAAGUUCAUGAGCAACACAGUCUUUCGGAAGAACUCCCUCAAGUCCUCCCCGUCCAAGAAGGGACGGGGUGCCCUGCUGGCUGUCAAACCUCUGGGGCCCACGGCCGCCUUCUCAGCCAGCCAGAUCCCCAGUGAGCGAGAAGAUGCCCAGUAUGACCUUCGGGGAGCCCGCAGUUACCCCACGCUAGAGGAUGAAGGCCGGCCAGACCUCCUGCCCUGCACCCCACCAUCCUUUGAGGAAGCCACCACGGCCUCCAUUGCCACCACCCUGUCGUCCACCUCCCUCUCCAUCCCUGAGCGGUCACCCUCUGAGACUUCAGAGCAGCCGCGGUACAGGCGGCGCACACAGUCCUCGGGACAGGAUGGCCGGCCCCACGAGGAGCCACAUGUGGACGACCUGCAGCAGAUUACGGUGCAGGUGGAACCCACGUGCAGCGUGGAGAUUGUGGUCCCCAAAGAGGAAGAGACAGGGGUGGAGGCUUCCUCAUCUGGGGUGUCUGCCACGGCCACCGUAGAAGUGGACACGACCAGCCAGGCCUCAGAGCCCGCCAGCCAGGCCUCAGAUGAGGAGGACGCACCUGCCACAGACAUUUACUUUUUCGCCCACGGGAGACACUGGCUUUUCUCUCCCCGUCGCCGACUACGGGCUGUGACACCGAGCCACUCGGGCAUUCCCACCGACGAGAGGAGCUGGGUCUAUUCCCCGCUUCACUAUAGCGCGGGCCCGCCGCCCGCCUCCGACGACAGCGACACAUAAUUUCUAUGCAGUUCCCAACCUGGAGCCCCGAGGUCCUCCGCCACCCUGGCCACUUCUCAGAGGCGCUGUCCCCAAAUGGGGUCCAGAGCUUGGCGGUGCCCCAGCCCAACCUCAUCCUUGCCAUCCCCGACAGCUCCGGGCACCUCACACUGCUGCUUGCACCCGUUGGGCUGGCAACCUCUGCAGCGCCUGGUCCUGUAUUUAUUUUGGGUCCUUUUUUGCACAGAGAAAGAGCACACAAGUGCUUUUCUAGGAAAAACACAAAAAGACACAAACCCAGGAGGCCACGGCCACUGUCCCAGUGGCUCCCAGCUCUACGUGUCCUGCUCUGGGGACCCGACCAUGGUGGCUCUGGUGAAGUUCACACUCCACAGCUCACUUCAGGGACAGCCCCAGAGCCUCCCCUCAACACCCCGGAUGGAUCUGGGCUCCUGAGGGUUAGUGGCCACCGUUCCCCACGGUCUCCACCAUCCCCAAAGUGGAGCCCAUUGCUAGCCUCAGGUUUGGGGACCUGGCAGACCAGUACAUGCCAUGACACAUCCUGCAGACUGGAUUCUCUGUCUCAAGACCCAGAUGUCUCCCAAGCCCAAAUGUCACAUGGUUAUAAUCAUGCCUGGGCUGUCUGGGAAAACCAUGCUUCAGGCUGCCCGGGUUACCUCAACUGCUGUGGACCAUGUGUUCCCCAGAGGCCUAUUGGGAAGAGAGAGACUUGAAGGUGUAUCAGGCUGCAGAAUGACACAGGGCAGAGUGGCAGACGGCCUGUCUGGAGAAGGAAAGACAGGGACAGCUGUGUCCAUGGGGAUGGGGGAGCAUGGAGCUGGCCCUCUUCUGCGCAUAUCCCCCACUCAAUCCGCCAACACAGGACUCCUGGGAGGAGGUGUGUCAUGGACAGUCACCUGCUGUGUCUCCGGCCACAUGGAAACCCCACUCACCAGGCCAUUUGAAGGAGUCAGAGUGGGCUUGGUGCGGCAGCCAAAGCUUCUAGAAGACUCCAAAAGCCCAGUGGCAGCUCCCCACUAUGCUGCCCCACUGUGUGUCACCUUAGGGACACAGAGGCCAGGACCUGAGUGGCUUAGGGGGGCAGGGGCAGGGAGAGGAUACCCUGAGUGCUGGUGGGUGGGGGGCACAGUGGGACGUCUGGACAGACCCCUCACCCUGAUACCAGAGUCCCCUGCGUUGUUUGUUAAUGUCGGCUGUUGUUGCUUUCAGGGGACCUGUACAGUGGAUGGUGCUGUGGUGGGUGGCUGUAUUAGUUUAUUUAGGGGAUGGAAAGACAAGGCCUGUUUACAGGUAAUCUGGCCACAUCCUCAAGGAAGGGCCUGUGUCAUCGCAGCAUUUGGGAGGCCAAGGCUUGUGAAUUCUAGGCUAGCCUGGGCUACAGAAUGAAACCCUGUCUCAAGGGACUGAAAAAAAGACUGGAGCUGAGGCUCAGUGGGUCAAGUGCUUAUAGCUUGGUGGGUAGAACGCAUGAAGCUCUGGGUUUAUCCCCAGCACCACAUAAACUAGAUCUGGUGGUACACCCCUGUCAUCCUAACAUUUGGGAGGCUGAGGCGGGAGGAUCAGGUCAGGGUCUCCAGCUACAUAGCAAGUUGGAGUCCAUCCUGGGCUAUGUGAGACCCUGUCUCAAAGAAUCUUUAAAUAUCUGUGUGAUACUGUCACUCAUCCCCUGACUCUUCUGAUGGCUGCUAUGGCCUGCCAUGGAUGGUAUGUGAACUGUACUGUAAGACCCUAGGGGUCCCUGCCAGCCUCUGCCCCCCUAAGCCAUCUGGACAUCUCCCAUCUGCCCCCACACCUUAGUGCAAUAUGCUUGCCCUGUGGGGUCCUUCACCAUGGUACUGUCCCCACCCCAGGAUAGAUGACCCGAUCACUCACUCUUACUGCCCCCAAUCUUUUUAUGGCCAAACCCAUUCUGGAAGAAAACUAGAAGCCUCGUGUGUCUUAAAUCUCAUCAGGGCCAGGGGGGGUCCCUGGUCCUUAGUCCCUGCAGUGUGGUGUGUGUGACAAUCCACGGUGUCCCAUGGCACCGACCAGCCCAGCCGCAUCUGUAUGCAGCCCAGGCCCCCGCCCAACCACAGCCCCUCUUUUUACGUUGAAAAGAUCUCUAAUAAAUCAGGUAUAAACAGCUUGACUCCCA